AUGGCCCUCCCCGCCGGCGAUGUUGUCGGCGGCGCGGCGUCGCUUCCUUGUCGGCCCUGGAGUGACACGUUUCUGUGGGCCUGCGCCGGCUGCACGCUCGGCACACACUGCAUCCCCGUGCCGGAGUGGCACCGCCGCGGCCAGGGCCGCCACGACCACGACCACGACCACGACCAUCACGACAGCAACCUCAGCCUCGACGCGGUCACGGCCAAAGUGGCCCGCGUCGUGCACCGGCUGCAGUUUAACGAGCGCCAGAGGCUGGCGCUGCAACAGCAGGGCGCCCCCCACGAACACGGCGCCGUCUACGUCCGCCACCGGCGGCUGUGGGCGCCGUACCCCGGGCCGCGCCGGCUUGUGCCCGGCCCGGCCGACCAGACGCAGCUCGAGGCCACCGUGACGGACCUCUUCCGGCUGCUGGCCGCCAAAGACCGCGAGCUCCGGCUGCUGAAGCGCGUGCUGGGCAAGCCGUGGAUGGUGGCGCCGGCGAUUCGGUCACUGGUCGCGGGGGAGGCCAUGGAGGCGGCAGAGGCAGCAGAGGCAGCAGAGGCCAGGCAACCGUGA